AUGGAUGUUCCCUCAACGGAACUACAUUCUGAAAGUCAGACCGACACUUUUCCGUUAUUAAUGGAGCGGCCAGAGAAUCUUAACAGUAGUGCACAUAUUAUUGACAUACCAAGAAGCAUCGAUGUCUCUGUGUCACCAUCUCAUGAUAGAAUUUCGAGUGGUUUGGAAGCAUCGUCGCAUGAGGAUAGAUCUUCGAGUAGCGUGAGAGCACCCAGUUCUCAGCCUUCAACAUCUUUGUCGAAUGGAACAAACUCUCGGAGCUCCUCAUUAAUAAGGAGAGGGGAAGCUCGUCGACGCAGGAGUCCUUUGAACUCUGGUUUAUGGAUUUCUGUUGAAUUAGUUCUCACCUUGAGCCAGAUUGUUGCAUCUAUUGUCGUUUUGUCUGUGUCAAGACAUGAACAUCCACAUGCACCGUUGUUUGCAUGGAUUGUUGGUUAUGCAUCAGGAUGUGUUGCAACCCUCCCUCUUCUUUACUGGCGUUAUCGUCAUCGUAACCAGGCUUUGGAGCAAGACUCAGCUCAAAAUCGUCAGGGUUCUGCACAUAUUAACGUUCCUGCAGGACCCUUUUCUCUUUCAGUCAGUAGGAAUUCGGAAGGGGACGAUCGCCGAUCUGCCACUACCACACCUAGAGGUGGCCAAAAUGCUGUACUAAAUGCAAGAUUCAAGGUUUUGGUGGAAUAUUUCAAAAUGGCUUUGGAUUGCUUUUUCGCAGUUUGGUUUGUGGUUGGCAACGUGUGGAUAUUUGGAGGUCACUCAUCUGCUGAGGAGGCUCCAAACUUGUACAGGUUAUGUAUAGUGUUUCUUACAUUUAGCUGUAUCGGAUACGCGAUGCCCUUCAUUCUGUGUGCAACAAUCUGCUGUUGCUUGCCUUGUAUAAUUUCUGUUCUUGGAUUUAGAGAGGAUCUGACACAGACAAGGGGAGCCACACCUGAAUCAAUUGAUGCCUUACCAAUAUACAAGUUUAAGUUAAUUAAAAAUAGAAAUGGUGAGGAUAGCAGCUCAGGUACUGGUGAUGGUGGGAUUGUGGCAGCAGGAACAGAAAAGGAACGUGUGAUCUCAGGAGAAGAUGCUGUUUGCUGCAUUUGUUUGGCAAAAUAUGCAAACAAUGAUGAGCUGAGGGAGCUGCCAUGUUCUCAUUUCUUUCAUAAGGAGUGCGUAGACAAGUGGCUGAAGAUCAAUGCAUCGUGUCCCCUUUGCAAGAGCGAGGUCGGUGAGAGUAUAUUAGGUUCACUGUCGGGGUUAAGUUCUAGCCAGAGACGGGUUGAAAAUGGGGCCGGCAAUGGUGUGGCCGGCACCAUGUUUUGA